AUGGCAGGACUAGGAGAGUCUUGCAACGAUGCAGGAAGUACAUUUUACACGUCACAACUCAGUCUCUUGUCAAAAUCCAAUGGUUACUGCUUAGAAAUUGGAGAUGGAGUGUAUAGUUCUUACUAUAUGCCUCUAGAAAAUCAGGUUCAAAUUGCUUGUGAAAAGGUGAAGGGAAUGAAGGAACUUCAACAAGGUUACAAUAUAGUUGGUCUUUCACAGGGAAAUAUGGUAGCCAGAGGACUAAUAGAGUUUUGUGAUGAAGCACCUCGAGUCAAUAACUUUAUCUCAAUUGGUGGACCUAAUGCUGGCAUUGCUUCUGCUCCUGCUUGCACUGGUAACCCUUGGUGUGAUGGAGCUGGUGGUAUUUUUGGAAUUGGAAUAUAUUCUGACUAUGUUCAAACUCAUUAUGCUCCUAGUGGCUAUAUCAAGCUUCCAAAUGAUAUUGCUGGAUAUUUAAGAGGUUGUAGAUAUUUGCCAAAGCUUAAUAAUGAAAUUCCUAACGCAACUAAUCCAAUUUAUAAGGAACGUUUCACUAGCUUGCAGAACCUUGUUCUUAUCAUGUUUGAAAAUGAUGGUGUAAUAACUCCAAAAGAAAGUUCUUGGUUUGGCUUUUAUCAAGAUGGAACCAAUUCUCAAAUUUUGCCACCACAAAAGACUAAUCUUUAUCUAGAGGAUACAUUUGGAUUACAAACAUUGGAUAAAGCUGGAAAAGUGAAGUUCAUAAAGUUACCAGGAUAUCACUUAGUAAUGGAUAUUCAAGAAAUGCAACAAAAUGUUGUCCCAUAUUUGAUUGAUGGAGCACUAAAGAAUAAAGCUGAUGCUCAAGUGGGACAUUGAUUAUUUUUUUUAAAAAAAAUCUUGUAUUGUUCAAAUGGAAAAUAAAAAAAACUACUACGCUAACUAUGCCUCACUACCAAA